GGCAGGGGGUGAAAUCAGGGCCGAGCUCCGCCUGCCCCGCCGGUCCAACAGAACAUAGAGGCCAGGACGCCGAGGAGGCUGCUCUAGCAAUUAAAGCAGAAUAUGUCCUAUGUAGAAAACAGAAAAAUCCGACAAGCAAAGCUGAAAUAUAUCACAGUGCUACCUCUCAGAGAUCAUAUGUGAAGUUGGACAGAGAGAGUCUGAAGAUGUGAAUGAAAGAGACCCCGAUAAAGAGAUGACCAGCUCCACGGCUGUUGAAGACAUGGCGAAGGAUGUGCAGGAGGAAAUGCCUGAAAUAAUUGAACAGAUUCCUUCUUCAGAAAGCAACUUAGAAGAGUUAACCCAACCACCCGAGUCCCAGGCUAGUGACGUUGGAUUUAAGAAGGUGUUUAAGUUUGUUGGUUUUAAGUUCACUGUGAAAAAGGAUAAGACCGAGAAGUCUGAUGCUGUCCAACUACUCACUGUCAAAAAAGAUGAAGGGGAAGAAGCAGGGGGCUCAAACGGGGCUGGCGACCACCAGGAGCCCAGCUGGGAUAGUGGAGAAGCAGCACCCAAAGAAGGCGAACUAAAGCAGCCCGUCGAGAAGCCUGAAGAAACCCCAAGGCCUGAGCAGAGCAGCACAGAAACCCCUCCUCAAGCUGAGUCUGGCCCCGUAGCAGAGGGGGGCAAAGAGGAAGGAGAAGAAAAACCAGAAAAAGAGCCCAGCAAGCCUGCAGAAUCCCCGACCAGCCCCAUGACCAGUGAAACAGCAUCACCCUUCAAAAAAUUCUUCACUCAAGGUUGGGCUGGCUGGCGGAAAAAGACCAGUUUCAGGAAGCCCAAGGAGGAUGAGCUAGAAGCUUCAGAGAAGAAAAAGGAGUCAGAGCCAGAAAAAGGAGAUACAGAGGACAAAGAGAAGACAGAAGACACCUGCGAGAAACUGACCGCGUCCGAGCAGCCUGGUCCGCAGGAGCCACUGGAGAGCAGCCAGGAGGCCAGGCUGUCCGCCGACUACGAGAAAGUGGAGCUGCCCUCGGAGGAUCCGGGUGACGACCUGCAGGGACCUUCCGAAGAGAAAUCAGCUCCCCUGGCAACAGAAGUAUUUGAUGAAAGCGUAGAUGUGCACCAGGAAGUGGUAGCAGAGGUGCAUGUCGACACCUCGGAGCAGAAAACUGGGGAGCAGAAAGCGGAGGAGGAAGAAGCAGGAUCUUUGCCCCCAGAAAAGUUCGUUGAAACAGAGGCUGAACUUCAGGAAGCAGAACCUGCCGAGGAGCUGGGGAAGACCAGAGAGGUCUGUGCCCCAGGAGGGGACCACCUCCAGCAAGCCGAGUUAAGCCCCGAUGACAAGGCGUUGUCGAAGCACCCUGAUGGCGUCGUCACUGAGGUGGAAAUACUGUCAUCACAGGAGAGGAUCAAGGUGCAGGGAAGCCCUUUAAAGAAGCUGUUCAGUAGCACUGGCUUAAAGAAGCUUUCUGGAAAGAAACACAAGAGACGAGGAGGAGGAGACGAGGAGUCCGGGGAGCACAACCAGGUUCCCGCGGAGUCCCCAGAUAGCACUGACGAGCAGAAGGGGGACAGCUCCGCAUCCUCCCCUGAGGAGCCAGAGGAGAUCACGUGUCUGGAGCGAGGGAUCACAGAGGCACCCCAGGAUGCUGAAGCAGAAGAAGGGGCGACCUCUGAUGGAGAGAAAAGAAGAGAAGGGGUGACUCCCUGGGCAUCUUUCAAAAAGAUGGUGACACCCAAGAAACGCGUGCGAAGGCCGUCGGAAAGCGAUAAAGAGGACGAGGUGGACAAGGUGAAGAGCGCCACCUUGUCUUCCACAGAGAGCGCAGCCUCAGAAAUGCCGGAGGAAACGAAACGCCAGGGGGACGAGCCAAAGCCAGAAGAACCAAAGCGCAGGGUCGACACCUCUGUGUCCUGGGAAGCCUUGAUCUGUGUGGGGUCCUCCAAGAAAAGAGCACGGAAAGCAUCAUCCUCCGAUGAGGAGGGGGGCCCCAAGACGGCGGGAGACAGCCAGAAAGCGGAUGACGCUGCAAAAGACAGAGACGCAGGGACAGACGCCACUCUCCCUAGUUCCCAAGAACACGAUCAAGGGCAAGGAAGUUCCUCACCUGAGCAGGCCGGAAGCCCUUCGGAAGGAGAGGGCGUUUCCACCUGGGAGUCAUUUAAACGAUUAGUCACUGCCAGAAAAAAGUCCAAGUCCAAAAUGGAGGAGAAAAACGAAGACUCUGUAGCUGGAUCUGGUCUCGAACACUCAGCUUCAGAUGCCGAACCUGGGAGAGAAGAGUCUUGGGUUUCAAUUAAGAAAUUUAUUCCGGGACGAAGGAAGAAAAGGGCAGAUGGAAAACAAGAGCAAACCACUGUGGAAGAGACCGGGCCCACAGAGGUCAACGAGGAUGAUUCCGAUGUCCCCGCUGUCGUCCCUCUGUCCGAGUAUGACGCCGUAGAAAGGGAGAAAAUGGAAGCCCAGCAAGCCCAGGAAGGGGUGGAGAAGCCCGAGCAAAAGGUAGCUGUUUACGUGUCUGAGGAGCUCAGUAAGACCCUGGUGCAUACAGUGGCUGUGGCGGUGGUCGAUGGGACAAGGGCAGUCACCAGUAUUGAAGAAAGGUCCCCCUCCUGGAUUUCUGCUUCAGUGACAGGACCCCUGGAACUAGCAGAAGACGAAACCAGACCAUUAACUGGCAAGGUCGUGGUAGGAGAAACCAUCGCAGAAGAGCCCCUCCUGGUUACCAAAACUUUGCCAGAGAGCAGAGAUGCCCGUGGUGACGUGGUUGUGAGCGAGGGGGGAUUACCUGCUGCCAUCUCGACAGCUGCAGAAACCACAGGGGCAUUUGGUCCUGAAGAAGUCACUGAAGCUUCUGGCGCCGAAGAAACCACAGAGAUGGUGUCGGCUGUUUCCCAGCUCACCGACUCCCCAAAUACCACAGAGGAAGCCACACCAGUUCAGGAGGUUGAAGAUGGCGUCCCAGACACAGAAGACCGAGAGAGGCGGACGCAAGAAGUCCUGCAGGCGGUUGCAGAAAAAGUGAAGGAGUCCCAGCUGCUCGACACCCGUGGGCCAGAAGACACGGUUCAGACCACGCGGAAAGGAGAGUCAGAAACGGAAGAGGAUUCUGGAGCGCUAGAUCCGAAGAAGGAGAUGGGUGUCAUGUUGAUGGUGCAGGGACAAGAAACUCAAGCCGAGGAUUUAACACCGGGGGCCACCCCAGAAAGCUCUGAUAAAGCCCCGCAAGUCACAGAGACUCUAGAAUCCAGUGAGCUUGUACCUACGUGUCCAGCCGAACCUUUGGCAGAGGCAAAAUUGCAGGAGAUUGUGGUAGAACAGGCCAUUCCCCCUGACUCAGCUGAAACCCUUAUGGACAGUGAGACCAAUGGAAGCACCCGAGUAGCAGAGUCUGAACCUCUGGGUACAACACAGCACGACAAAAUCAUGGACAUCCAUGAAGACAGUGACGUUGCACCUGACACCCAGUCUCGGGACACAGAAGCAGAGGAGGUUCCAGCACAGGAAGAGAGAGCUCCAGCGCCUUCUGGUUUUCCAUCCCAGGAAGAAAAUCAGGAACAGUCCAAAGCGGAAGAAAUUCUAGAACAUACAGAUAGCGAGUUAUCAGUGGACCCUGUACCCAUUCUGUCAAAGGCUGAGCUGACUCAAGAGGCUGGCCGGUGUGCUGAUGAGGACACCCAAGAUGGACCGUCUGCCGGAGGACCCGAGGUGCCUGUGGACACAGUUGCGGUCAGUCAGGAGAAGGUAUCUGAGGUCGUGCUUAAAGAUGAAGCGACUGAAGAAGCUGAGUGUCAAAAGAAUGACAGUAUCGAACACCAGAGUCGUCGUCCUUCAACCCCAGUGGUGGGAGAGGUGGGAGUUGAAGUGGAAAGGGAGAAAGUGGAAGCCAAGCCAACCCCAGUGAGUGAAGAGAAGGUUGAGCGGAAACCAGCUGUUACUGUAUCUGAAGAGAGCAGUAAGGAGCUCGUCCAGACGCUUCGUGUGGCCACCAUAGACGGGGAGAAGGAAGUGCACAGCUUCGAAGGGAGCCUUCCUCAGUGCCUCGAGGAGGCAGCAUGCACCGGAAUUCAAAUUCAGAGCUCCGAGGAAUCAUUCGCCCUAACAGCUGCAGCAGUGGAGGAGAAAGUCUUAGGAGAGACGGUCAGAAUUUUAGAAACAGGUGAAACGUUGCAGUUGGCAGGCGCGCAUUUAGUACUGGAAGAGAAAUCCUCUGAAAAAGAUGAAGAUGUCACUGCUUGGGCAGGAGAAGAUGCUGCGUCCACACGGCCUGAGUCUCAGGCGGAAUCCACACCACCUGUAGCCUUGUGCACUCCUGAGAAGGGCCCAGGCUGUCACCUGGAAGGAGAGAAAACCACGUCACAGAAGCAGAAGACAGAGGAAAUCGACGAGGAGGUGGUUUGUCAGGAAGUCAACGUGAGUGUAACGAGAGAGGAAGCUUUAAAGGCUGAAUGUGAGAUUUUGGAACUUGAGACCAAGAGCAAUAAACUCGUCCAAAACAUCAUUCAGACGGCCGUUGACCAGUUUGUACGCACGGAAGAAACGGCUCCUGAGACGUUUCCCUCUACUGCCCAGGCUCAGGCUCAGGCUCAGGUUCCCCUGAUGAACUCCGACAGCCAGGGAGCUAGACAGAAAAUGGACAAGGAAGGAUGUGCGGGCCAGGCCCCUGCACAGGAUGGAACAUGGAGUGUUCCAGGCAGAGAGCAGUCGGAGCUCCCCACCCUGGGACAGAUUCAGGCCGAUGUCUCCAAAGAAGCAAGUGAAGCUUCAGAACAGCUCAUGACUGAUGAGUUGGAAAGUUCCAGUGUAAAUGACAAGCAGCUCGAAGAGGCUGUUCUCCCAUCCAAAGCAGAGGGAGGCAGAAGCGGAACAGAGGCUGUGUCAGAAGACGAUAGUCGCACCAUGCUAGGAGAAAUGGCAGAGAAGCCACUAUGUGAAUCCAAAGAAGACAAAAAUGAUGAGGCCCUUGACGACCCUGAGAUCCCAAGCUCAGCCCUGGCAGAUCCUGAUGCCUCAGGAGGUUUAACCAAAGAGUCCCCAGAUGCAAACGGACCAAAACUAACAGAGGAGGACGCCCCCCAGGAAGUGGAACUUCAGGAAGGCAAAGUGUACAGUGAGUCAGAAGACGGCGAGACCAGAGCCCACGCCCAGGAGGAGACACAGAAACCAGAGAGAGAGUCAGCCACAGCAGAACUCGCCGAAUCCUAAAGCAUCAUUUACACGUGUAUAUUUGCAAGACCAGGAUGCAAAGACAAGUAGAAGAACACGAAUGCUGCUGAAGAAAGUCGAGAGCACUAUUUCUGAACUCGGAGAGCCAGAGAGCAGGCGCAUCCGCUCAAUCGCGUUCCUGGAGGGCCCCGACAAUCCUGAGGCAUCCUCAGGAGCCAUAGCCGUCUAACACUUCCUCGUUUCAAGACCACGCUAUUCCUGUUUCCCCUGACACCAUACAAUGUUUCUGAUUUAAGGGCCUAACUUCUUAACCCGAAAUGGGAGUUGGCAAUACCUAGUUCUACUUCUCAAACUGGAGCAUCAUUCUUUAUGUAUUUAUGUGUAUGUUUUCAGUAAUCCUCCUUCUGUAUCUAUUGUAUAUUUUUCUUAAUGUUUAGGGAAAUGUGCAGGAUAGUCCCCUGCCUUUUGUAUCCCGCAGUAUAUGACAGGGCCUGCAGCCAUGGCGAAGCCUUGGGAAGCUUUAAGCCUCGAUUAGGACCUGUGAAAAGCAGAGCUUCCUAGAAAUAACAUUCGUGAUCAGAAGGUACAAUUUUUAUUUUCGAAUUCACUGAUGCCUAGGUCUAUGUUUAGUCGUACUCUGAAAUUGGUCACUUUCCUACUAUGCAGCGUCCUAAAAAUAAACAUUUUGAAAUGGACAGAAUGUUCUACUGUUACUGUGAACUUUUUCUUUUUGCGUCUAGUGGAGGUCAGAAAGAAAUUUUUUUUUUCCAUGGUGGAUUAACUUUCAAGUCUUUUCUUCUAAUUGUUGUUGUUUGGACAGAUGAGGGAGCUUGAUCCUGAGGCAAAGUAGUGCAGUAUUUUUCAUGUGAAGAGGAGAACUGACUGCUGCGAGGGUCUGCGUCUUCUCUUAGAUGCUGGAGCGCGUUUUACAAGCAGCGCCAAAGAAGUCAGGGUCCUUACAGGUGGUUUUUUGAUGGAUACCGGAUUGCGUCUGUGCCGUAUUUCUGCCCAUUCUUGGAAGAACAGUGUGCGUUCUGUUCAUUUAGACAAACUGUGAUUUGACAACUGGUUUAAAUAAAGCAUUUGCUUCACA